AUAUAUAAGGCAAUGUCGCGCAGCUUGCCGGGCGUGUUACGCACCUGGAAUGUCCCUGCAUAUUUCAGGAGGCCGUCGCCAGCCGCGGGGUCGUGCACGAUGAUCCGUGUCGCGCGCCUCAGUCGGUCAUAGACGACUGAAAUGAGAAGCGCCUAGCUACGGAGCGGAGGGACGUUAGACGGCAACAACGGUCUCGUUUUUUUCGAGUGAAGUGAAGGAAUACAUUUUAUAACUGACAGCAGUAUACGCGUGGUUCAUUUGGGAAAUUCCGAAAACGUCUACUUAUCGUGAAUAUAAAGGGCAACAGCUGUAUAAAACCAGUGGAAAUGCUCUUGGACCCCUGCGAGUGACCAGUAUAACCUCCGUGAGCCGUAGCGUAGCGCACCAGCAUCUGGGGUUCUGCAGGGUGAGAAUGACGCUGUUACUCCACAAGCAGCGGGAGGUUUAGGCAGAUUGGGUACGGAGCAGACCCACCUGGCAGUGCCCGUUGCUGACUCUGGAGCCUGGGUCCCGGCCAUGAACAGCCUGGGCAUGGUGCCCGUGGGCAUGAGUGGGCAUCCGCUGGUCUCAGAUUCCAUCUGCAUCCCAGGAUUCGACCCCAGCCUGGGAAUCAUCACUCCUAUAAGCGCCAUGAUGCCGGGGAUUAGCCUGGCCCCGCCCCCUCCCAUACCCCCAGAGCUCCCGCUUGUCAAGGAGAUCAUUCACUAUGAGAGCUGCACGCUGUUCCCUCAGAACCCCAAUCUUCCACCCCCGUCCACCAGGGAGAGGCCCCCAGGGUGCAAAACUGUGUUUGUGGGGGGGCUCCCCGAAAACGCCAGCGAGGAGAUCAUCCGGGAGGUGUUCGACCCGUGUGGUGACAUCAUCGCCGUCCGCAAGAGCAAGAAGAACUUCUGCCACAUCCGCUUCAGCGAGGAGUUCAUGGUGGACAAGGCCCUGUACCUGUCUGGCUACCGCAUGCGGAUCGGCUCCAGCGCGGAUAAGAAGGACUCGGGGCGCAUGCACGUGGACUUCGCGCAGGCGCGGGACGACCUGUACGAGUGGGAGUGCAGGCAGCGGCUGCUCGCCCGCGAAAACCGCCACCACCGCCAGGUCCAGGAGCAGCAGCUGCGGCCGCCGUCGCCUCCCCCCAUAAUGCACUACUCCGAGCAUGAGGCGGGGCUUCUGGCGGAAAGGAUGAAAGACGACGGCGAGUUCGGCGCGGCGUCGGCGGUGCUGCUCGCCUGGCUGGACCGCGGCGAGGUCAGCCGCCGCACCGCCAACCUCUUCUACUCCAUGAUCCAGGCGGCCAAUGGGCACGUGCGGCGGCUGCAGAGCGAGAGGGCGCGGCACGAGGAGGAGGCGGAGCUCGCCAAAGAGCGCUUCCGAAACGCCAUGCUGGCCAUCCUCACGCAGUUCGAGCAGAUAACGGCCGUUUUCAACGCCUCCGCCAAGCAAAAGGCAUGGGACCAUUUCUCAAAAGCACAGCGCAGGAACAUAGACAUGUGGCGAAAGCAGUGCGAGGAGCUGCGGAACGCUCACAGUGAGGAGAUCACGGGGAUACGCCGGGAGGAGGAGAUGGACAUGUCCGACGACGACUCUGAGGAAGGCAUCCGCAAGAGAACGCGCACGGACGACUCGGUGCUGGCGGUGCAGGCCUGUGCACUCAGGGAGGAGAACGGCAGCCUGCGCUGGCAGCUGGAGGCCUGCAGGAGUGAGGUGGAGCUGCUGAAGCAGGAGCAGGGGAGGGUCUGCCGGCCCGAGGAGAACCACAUCCAGGAGCCAUCUCUGCGCCUCCUGCAGCAGAGCCUGCAUAGCAUGCAGCAGCAACUGCAGAGGCUUCAGGAGGAGCUGAGGAGGAGAGAGCAGGAGCUGGAGCUUGCCCGGGAGGAGAGCAGGAGUCUGAAGGCCGAGCUCCUCGUGCUGAAGGAGAAGGGGCUGAACGGAUACACAGCGGUGCUCCGCGGUGGUAAAGAGCUGGCGGUGCCUCUGCAGUCAGAGAAGGAAGCAGUGCUGCUGGGGAUCAUAUCCACCUUCCUCCACGUCCACCCAUUUGGGGCCAACAUCGAGUACCUGUGGUCCUACAUCCAGAGGCUGGACGCCCAGGUGUCGGCGGGGGAGCUGGAGCGGCUGAUGGCCCGGCUGCCGCGCGUGUUCCGGCAGGAGCUGAGCGGCGUCGGCGCCACGCUGGAGAAGCGCUGGAAGUUCUGCGGCUUCCAGGGCCUGCAGUCCUGACCCCCCCACCCCUCGCCCCCCAGGGCCUGCAGUCCUGACCC